CAACAAACGGCUAGAGAAUUAUCCGGGCCAAAGGCUAAAAUUUUCUUUCUCCACGCCCACGUCAAAAAGACCUCCCCGCCCUCAGCCUUAGUCACAAUAUCAAACCAUCAGUCGAUAUCCAAAAUGGCCGCCUUCGAUACCUACCAGACAACCCUCACGGGCCGCUACUGCAGCCAGGAGCUGUCCCACCUCUUCAGCCAGCGCUCCCGCCACUCCACCUGGCGCAAGCUAUGGCUCUACCUCGCCGAGAGCGAGAAGGAGCUCGGCAUCAACACCAUCACCGACGAGGCGCUCGAGCAGAUGAGGGCGAAUCUCACUGUCACCGACGAUGACUUUGAGGUUGCGCGUCAUGAGGAGAAGAUCCGUCGUCAUGAUGUCAUGGCUCACGUUCAUGCUUUCGGUCAAGCUGCCCCCGCUGCGGCUGGUAUCAUCCACUACGGCGCGACGAGCUGCUACGUCACCGACAACACGGAGCUCAUCCUCAUGCGCGAUGCUCUCGAUCUUCUCAUCCCCAAGCUCGCCAAGGUUCUCUACAACCUGCAGCAAUUCGCCCUCGAGUGGAAGAACGAGCCAACUCUGUCCUUCACACAUCUCCAGCCUGCUCAGAUCAGCACCGUCGGCAAGCGAGCUGCGGGUUGGGCGCAGGAUCUUUUGAUGGAUCUCAAUGAGUUUGAGCGCGUGCGCGCUGAGCUCAAGUUCCGUGGUGCGCAGGGAACUACCGGUACUCAGGCCAGUUUCCUCGAGAUUUUCGGUGGGGAUCAUGACAAGUGUGAUAAGCUCAAUGAGCUGCUUUGCCAAAAGGCUGGUUUUGAGGAGUGCUACGACAUCUCAACACAGACAUACACCCGAAAGGUCGAUUGUCUCAUCGCCAACGCCGUCACUGGCCUCGGCACCACCGUCACCAAGAUCGCCUCCGAUCUGCGACAUCUCGCCUUCAUGAAGGAAGUCGGCGAGCCCCGAGAGAAGGGUCAAAUCGGAAGCAGCGCCAUGGCCUACAAGCAGAACCCUAUGCGAUCUGAGCGUAUUGCCAGUCUCGCCCGAGUCCUUCAGUCCAAGGCCGCUACCUACCAGAGCACCCACUCCGCUCAGUGGAUGGAGCGAUCCCUUGAUGAUUCCGCCUGCCGACGAAUUGACAUCCCCGAGAUGUUCCUCCUCGCCGACGCCGUCGCCAUCACCCUCCAGAACGUCACAGAGGGUCUCGUCGUCUUCCCCCUCAAGAUCCACUCCAACAUCAUGGCCGAGCUCCCCUUCAUGAUCACCGAGAACAUCAUCAUGCGCCUCGUCGCAAUGGGUGUUUCCCGACAAGAGGCCCACGAGCAAAUCCGCGUUCUCUCCUUCGAAGCAUCCCACCAGGUCCAGAGCCUCGGAAAAUCCAACGAUCUCGUCGAGCGAAUCAAGAAGACCGAGUUCUUCAAGCCCAUCUGGGCUGAUCUCGAUGGCAUGAUGAAGCCGGAGCUGUACAUUGGUCGCAGUGCGCAGUUGGUCGAUAAGUUCUGUGGGCCGGGUGGUAAGUUGGAGAAGAAGCUUGCGCCUUACCAGGAGUCUAUCCAGAAGGCCAAGGCUGCUGAGCUGAAUGUUUAAGGAAGUGUGAAAAGGGAAAAGAAAAAGGAGAUUAGGGCUGGUAGUGGAUGAUAGUUCCCAGUCAAGAAGUCAAGAAUAAAAGAACGAAUGACCCAAGAAAUUGUGUCCAAAACCUCAUCCUGGUGAGAUUGGACCGGGAACAUGAUUUGCAUGCAUGGUUAAGGGAACUCGGGGUAUUAAGACCCGAGCAGCACUGCCGAUACGUAAACUGGGCCAAUCGGCUACCCCAGCAAACCGGAGCGUGGAG